AUGGCGAGAGAGAACGAAUCGUGCUCGAGGACCGUGGUGUCGAACUGUCUUAGGGGAAUAUUACGCUGCUUCUCGGCCGAGCGAGCCGUUGUAGAUUCAUUCUGGACCGUUGAUUAUGCCGACCGUGAUCUCGUCUCAGUCGCCUCAUUUAUAGCUCAAAAGGACCUUGAUGACGUGGCGAAUGGUGAAUCGUCCAGGCCCUGA